AUGCUCCUCCCAGCUCCUUUGUCGAAAUACGUAUCGUCUCUCAAGUCGCUGAGGCAGAAGUGGCAGAGCCAUGCUGCUUCUCAGCCAGAGGAUGAUAAAAAUUCACUUUUUGCCAGGCUAGUUACAGUGUUUCUAUUGACUUGGGACCUUGGUUUCACCUCAUUUGGAGGCCCUCCAGUGCAUUUUCGCAUCCUCCAUCGGCGAUUUGUCGAGGGUAAAGGAGUCAAGGAGAAAUGGGUCGAUGAACAGACUUAUCAGGAACUCUUUGCUAUCUGCCAGGGUCUUCCAGGGCCAGCGAGCACAAAGCUGCUAUUCUGCAUUGCAUUGCUUCAUGCAGGAUUUAUUCCGGCACUUCUUGUGUUCUUUUUAUGGUGUCUUCCCGGGGCAAUUGGCAUGUAUGCUUUCUCUCUGGGUGUUCAACGAAUUGGCGAGACUCUCCCAGAACCUGUUUAUGCCCUACUAUCUGGACUAAACUCGUCGACUGUGGGAAUAAUUGCCCUAGCAGCAGUACAACUGGCAGAAAAGGCCAUCAAAGAUAAGUUGACCCGCAUCCUAGUGACCCUUGGUGCUUGCGCCGGCCUAUGUUACAAUGCAUUAUGGUAUUUCCCAUUGCUCAUGGCCGUCGGUGGAUUAGCCACUGUUGUCUGGGACGGAUGGCUGCAUCAGAAGAUCCGGGGCUUUCGGCUGAAUCGGAAACGAAGAAAUACCCAUCCUGAAGCCGCCGAGGAAACAGCGGUGCCACCGAGUCUUCAGACAAGGGACCAGCAAGCUCAUGGCAAUUCGAGCGGACCAGAGGACAACACUCAAAUGAGGCCGCGCAGGACAAACGUUCCCGGCGGAAGUAACAUACAACAUGACCAAGCAGGUCUUCUCACCAACCCAAAUCAAUCUGUGGAAGAUGAUAACCUGCAAAAACAUGUUAUCCGGCUCAGAGUUGGCAUUAUAAUAACUGUAUUAUUUUUUGCAUCAUUUAUAGCCGUGCUCGUGGCCAGAGGCGUCCUUCGCACCCCACCCCUGGCUCUCGACCUUUUUGCUAGCAUGUACCUUGCCGGAACCGUGAUCUUUGGUGGUGGUCCUGUUGUUAUUCCACUUUUGCGAUCGUAUGUCGUGGAUCCCGGUUGGGUAUCAGGAAGAGAUUUCCUCCUUGGUCUCGCUAUUAUUCAGGCAUUUCCUGGCCCAAACUUCAACUUCGCUAUCUUUCUCGGUGCUUUAGUGCUACAGAAAUCACCGUUCCCUACCAUAUUCGGUGCUAUUCUCGGUGGAUUGGGAAUUUUCUUGCCCGGGAUCACUUUGGCUGUUGCGGUCCAGAGCUUCUGGGCAGUGCUGCGAAGAAGAAAAUGGGUUACAGACUUCCUUCGGGGAGUUAAUGCAACCGCUGUUGGCUUAGUUUUUACCGCAGUUUACCGUCUAUGGGAGAUUGGCUACCUUACACCUCAAACCACCCGUGGACAAAGCUUGGGCAAGGAGCCGUGGUGGGUCGUUAUCGCCGCGGUGACUUACGUUGAGAGCGCAUGGUUUGGUAUCCCACCACCAAUUGCAAUUGUAAUGGGUGCAAUCCUCGGUCUUUGCUGGUACGGUGUUGUUGGACGGUGA